AUGGAUUUCGGCCUCCUGCGCGAUCCUUUCGCGUCGCCCCGGAAUUACCACCGGGCUCGUGCAGUCAACUACACAGUAAGGCUGGUCUUCGUUCCUUGUUUCCUGGAUACUCAACACUGCCUGGGCUUGAAGCUGCCUUGGCUUUUGAUGGACGUGGAGAGGACAAUGGGACCAUUCUUCCAGCUGGAGUUUACCCAGGAUAAUAACGAGCACCUCAUGCGCGUUGUGUUCCGGCAUCAGUUUCUUCGUUCAGUUAUGCAGUCUGACGAGUCAGACAGCAUGGGACAAAGCGCUGAGCUUGCACUUACCUAUACCUUCGACCGCAACGAGACAACCGCGCUUUUCCGGAUCAGCAUGGGCACGACGGAUUUUAUGCCCAUGUAUAUUGCUAAUUGCAUUGAUCAGUUUGGGAACUUUGCCAGUAAGGUGCCUCACCCAUUCGCCCUACCCUACGUGAUGAUCCGCCAUCUCAUAUCGAAACUGAACGAGGAGAACUCCUUUGCCAUGUCAAUCAUUGAAGACCAGGAACUCGUUUUGGCGUGUAACUCGAGAGGAGUAUCGGCGGCAACCGCAGGAAACUAUCUCUAUGCAGAUACAGAUACGAGCGUGUGGAACUUCCGACGUAUGGGGAGGGAUUGGGCGGACAUUCGCCGAAAGGUAGUGUCAAUGUUGGGCUCUGCGGAGACUAUUGGCAAGUUAGUUAGAGGCUUUAAGGUAGAAGCUGCCCGGCUGGACAGCGUUGAGAGCUUUGCUCGUGAGCUACAGCAGCGCAUGCAAAUUCUGGAAAGCUUGAUACACCUUAUGACGGCAGAAGUUUCUCAAAGAAACGGGCAGUUGAACAUGGCAACAGCGAAAUGGCAGAUCAACUUAACGCAGGCGAGUAUCCGGGAUGCCCAAACAAUGAAGGGAUUGUCAUUUAUGGGUGCCCUGUUCCUUCCCGGGACCUUCUUGUCGACCAUAUUCAGUAUGCCGUUCUUUGAGUUCAACAUUGAAAAACUCUGUAUCUAUUUCGCCGCAGCCAUUCCACUUACCGCUCUUGUCAUUGCCGCUUGGGUGGUAUGGGAACAGAUACAACAGCGCAGAAUGACCGACGAACAACACGGAAUGGAAAGGGAAAUCCAAAAGCUCGAGAAUGACGCUGAGGGUGCCUCCAGAAUCAACCAUAGCAUCAGCUUUACCAUGAAGAGAGCGCAGCAGAUAUGA